AUUUUCUAGUUGUAUAUAAACAUCCGCCCCCACGCCCACCCCAAUUGCGUCUCUCACUAAAACCCUUCUUCACUAUUUUUCUCUUCACAUCUGAGUUGAGCUGAGUCGAGUCCGAGUCGAGAUCAUCAUCAUCAGAAAUGGCGUUUCAGAAGAUCAAGGUCGCGAAUCCCAUCGUCGAAAUGGACGGAGAUGAAAUGACACGUGUAUUCUGGAAAUCUAUCAAGGACAAGCUUAUAUUUCCCUUCGUUGAGCUGGAUAUAAAAUACUUUGACCUUGGCCUUCCUCACCGUGAUGCAACUGAUGAUAAAGUUACUGUUGAAAGUGCAGAGGCUACCCUCAAGUAUAAUGUAGCUAUCAAAUGUGCAACAAUUACCCCAGAUGAAGCUCGUGUGAAGGAGUUUGGCUUGAAACAGAUGUGGAAGAGUCCAAAUGGGACAAUUAGAAAUAUUUUAAACGGCACUGUAUUUAGGGAACCAAUUAUCUGCAAAAAUAUCCCAAAGCUCAUCCCUGGGUGGACAAAGCCAAUAUGCAUUGGAAGACAUGCUUUUGGUGAUCAAUACCGCGCAACAGAUGCAGUUAUCCAAGGACCAGGAAAGCUUAAGUUGGUUUUUGUACCAGAAGGUAAAGAAGAGAAGACAGAGUUGGAAGUUUACAACUUCACUGGUGCUGGAGGUGUUGCUUUGUCAAUGUACAACACUGAUGAGUCUAUUCGUUCUUUUGCUGAAGCUUCUAUGGCCACAGCUUAUGAAAAGAAGUGGCCACUUUAUCUUAGCACAAAAAAUACUAUUCUUAAGAAAUAUGAUGGAAGAUUUAAGGACAUAUUCCAAGAGGUUUAUGAAGCCAGCUGGAAAUCGAAGUAUGAGGCUGCAGGGAUAUGGUACGAGCACCGUCUUAUUGAUGAUAUGGUUGCAUAUGCUCUUAAAAGUGAUGGAGGUUAUGUCUGGGCAUGUAAAAAUUAUGAUGGGGAUGUCCAAAGUGAUUUCCUUGCGCAAGGUUUUGGAUCUCUGGGUUUGAUGACAUCAGUCCUGGUAUGCCCUGAUGGAAAGACCAUAGAAGCUGAAGCAGCCCAUGGCACUGUUACCCGGCAUUACAGGGUUCAUCAGAAGGGUGGAGAGACCAGCACAAACAGCAUAGCAUCAAUCUUUGCAUGGUCUCGAGGCCUUGCUCACAGGGCAAAGCUGGAUGAUAAUGCUGCCCUCUUGAGUUUUGCUGAAAAGCUUGAGGCUGCUUGUGUUGGUACUGUGGAGUCUGGGAAGAUGACCAAGGAUCUUGCUCUCAUACUACAUGGAUCCAAACUCAGCAGGGAACACUAUCUUAACACUGAAGAGUUCAUUGAUGCAGUAGCAAGUGAUUUGAAAGCAAGACUCGCCAACUAAGUUUAAAUGCCUUGAAUGAAAUGAAAGUUGGAAUUAUUGGGGAGUUCAGAAUUAAGAAAAAACAACAAUAAGAAAGGCAGUUGCUGCAUUAUUUUGAUAGUGAUGUUUGCAAUUUCUUUUGAGAAUAUUUGUAACUUUUGUUUGAAUUGCUUUCCUAUGAUGUGACUGCAAGAGUUAAAUUUCAUUUUAUUUACAUGAAGAAAAUAGUUGCAGACCUGAAUUUUAAGACAGUGAAAAGCAGGUUUGAACUCUCAAGUAAAUCAGGUUGUUUGCAUUCA